AAUUCAGAAGCACUGUUAGGUUUUGUUUGUUGUGAAAUCAGCUCUCACUGCAGCAAGAAUGGCUUCAAACUUGUGGUCGGAGGAUCAUUUUAGUUGUCCGGUGUGUCUGGAGAUAUUGAAGGGCCCAGUCACUAUUCCAUGUGGUCACAGUUACUGUAUGGGGUGUAUUAAGAACUGCUGGGAUCAGACUGAUCAUACAGGUGUCUACAGCUGCCCCCAGUGCAGAAAGACCUUUACCCCAAGGCCUGUUCUGGGCAGAAACAUCAUUCUGGCUGAAGUUGUGGAAAAAUUAAAGAAGACAGGGCUUAAUCCUCCUCCUACUCAAAGUUAUGCAGGACCUGGAGAUGUGCCGUGUGAUUUCUGCACUGGGAGAAAGUUCAAAGCUGUGAAAUCCUGUUUCACGUGCCUGGCCUCUUACUGUGAAACCCACGUCAAGCCACACAGUGAGGUUACUCCAUUAAAGAGGCACAAACUGGUCACUGCAAUUGGAAAUCUGGAGCAGAAGCUUUGUGCCGAACACCAGCGAUUAUGUGAGGUCUUUUGUAGAACUGAUCAGACGUGUAUUUGCUGGUUGUGUGCAGACAAGGAACACAAGAGCCACGAUACAGUCUUAACUGAGAUAGAAAGGACUCGGAAACAGAAGCAGCUAAGAGAGACACAGACAGAAAUACAACAGAUAAUCCAGGAGAGACUGAAAGAAGUGGAGGAGCUGAAACAGGCUGUUCAGUCACUGAAAAGAUCUGCAUGCAUAGAAAUAAAGGAAAGUGAGAAGAUCUUUACUGAGCUGAUCCGAUCCAUUGAGAAGAUCCACACUGAGGUUAUUGAGCUGAUUGGAGCUAACGAGAAGGCUGCAGUGAAUCAGGCUGAAGGACUCAUGAAGAAACUGGAGCAGGAGAUUGCUGAGCUAAGGAGGAGAAAUGCUGAGCUGAGACAGCUUUCAGAGACAGAGGAUCACAUCCAUUUUCUACAGAAUUUCCAGCUUUUCUGUGCCCCUCCUGAAGCUGGAGACUUACCCAGCGUUACUGUCAAUACAGACAUCUCUUUUGGGGCUGUGAGAAAAGCUGUAUCACAUCUUAAAGACCAUAUUGAGGACUUCUGCAAGGGGGAAUUAUUCAAAAUAACCAAAACAGUGAAUGAAAUUACAGUUUACAGUCUGCAGGCUCCACAGCCAAGGAACAGAGCUGGGUUUCUAAAAUAUUCCUGUCAGCUCACACUGGACUCCAACACAGCAUAUAGAGAGCUCUGUCUGUCUGAAGGGAACAGAAAGGUCACACGUAAGAGAGAGACCCAGCCAUAUCCUGAGCACCCAGAGAGAUUUGGCAGACUGGCCCAAGUGCUUUGUAGAGAGUGUUUGUAUGGGACUCGCUGUUACUGGGAGAUUGAGUGGAGUGGGGAAGGGGCUGAUAUAGGAGUCACAUAUAAAGGAAUCAGCAGGAAAGGAGGGGAUCGUUGCUGUGCCCUUGGAUGCAAUGACAAAUCCUGGAGUUUGUUCUGCUCUAGUUCCAGUUACUAUGCACAGCACAAUAAUAAGAGAACUGCAAUAACUGCCCCCCGCUCCCCCAAAAUAGGAGUGUAUCUGGACUUUAAUGCCGGCACUCUGUCAUUUUAUGGAGUGUCUGACACAAUGACCCUCCUGCACAGAUUCCAAACCACAUUCAUUGCACCUCUCUAUCCUGGGUUUUGGCUUCAUUACUGUGAUUCCCCUGUAACAAUCUGCCAGCUGCUAGGCCAGAUCCUCCCCACCGGACCUCCGUCAACACUGGUGGAAGUCAUGCUCACUCGCUCCCCAGCAUGGUUGCCCACCUCCUUCAGGACCAGGUUCUCGCAGACCCAGCACUACCUUUCCUGCUCGGCACCGACACCAGUGAUGUCGGACUUGGGUCAGUGCAUGUCAGAGUUGGAUGCACUGUCACAUUCCUCGGUCCAGUUAAACCGCUUCCCCUUCUUGCUUCAGGCCAAUGGCCCGGAUCUUGUCCAGCACCUUCCUGAGGUUGGCAAUGGCCUACUCGUAGGUCGCUGUAUGGAUGAGCAAGUCGUCCAGGUAGACCACGCAGGCCAAGCGGGCCAUAAGACGCUCAAAAGUGGCGGGGGCAUUGCACAGCCCGAAUGGCAUCACGUGAACUGCCAGAGGCCGUGCCCUGUGGUGAAAGUUGUCUUCGGCCAGGCCUCGGGGGCUAGCUCAACCUCUGUGGGGUGUGAUGGGAAAAAGAGGGAUAGGUGUGGAAGGGUUACUGUGACAGUCCCACUCACAACUGUCUCCUCUCCUCCCCUCCCCUCUCACACUGAUUCAGCAGUUUCUGCUCAGCCUGCUUUUCUAAACCUGGCCUCAGUCCAAAACCCCGCCUCUUCAGCUAAACACAAUUCCAGGAAGUCAGAAACACAGUUAAGUUCCGUUACUCUCUGUCUCACUGCAGCAAAAAUGUCAGAAGGAAAUAUUCUGCUAGCCAAGGAACAGCUUAGCUGUCCAGUGUGCCAGGAGAUAUUGAAGGACCCGGUCGCUAUUCCAUGUGGACACAGUUACUGUAUGGGGUGUAUUAAGAACUGCUGGGAUCAGACUGAUCAUACAGGUGUCUACAGCUGCCCCCAGUGCAGAAAGGCCUUUACCCCAAGGCCUGAUCUGUGCAGAAACACCAUGCUGGCUGAAGUUGUAGAGAAAUUAAAGAAGACAUGGCUCAGUCUUCUUGCUCAAAGUUAUGCUGGACCUGGAGAUGUGCCGUGUGAUUUCUGCACUGGGAGAAAGUUCAAAGCUGUGAAAUCCUGUUUGACGUGCCUGGCCUCUUACUGUGAAACACACGUCAAGCCACACUAUGAGGUUGCUGCAUUCAAGACGCACCAGCUGAUCAAUGCAAUUGGAAAUCUGGAGCAGAAGCUUUGUGCUGAACACCAUCGAGUUUUGGAGGUCUUCUGUAGAAUCGAUCAGACAUGUAUUUGCUGGUUGUGUGCAGACGGCGAGCACAAGAGCCAUGAUACAGUCUCAGCUGAGACAGAAAGGACUAGGAAACAGAAGCAGCUGGGAGAGACACAGAGAGAAAUAGAACAGAGCAUCCAGGAGAGACUGAAAGAAGUCGAGGAGUUGAAACAGGCUGUGGAGUCACUGAAAAGAUCUGCAUGCAUAGAAAUAAAGGAAAGUGAGAAGAUCUUUACUGAGCUGAUCCGAUCCAUUGAGAUGAUCCACACUGAGGUUAUUGAGCUGAUUGGAGCUAACGAGAAGGCUGCAGUGAAUCAGGCUGAAGGACUCAUGAAGGAACUGGAGCAGGGGAUUGAUGAGCUAAGGAGGAGAAACGCUGAGCUGAAACAGCUUUCAGAGACAGAGGAUCACAUCAAUUUUCUACAGAAUUUCCAGUCCCUCUGUGCCCAUCCUGAAGCUGAAGACUUACCCAGCGUUAUUGUCAAUACAGACAUCUCUUUUGGGGCUGUAAGGAAAGCUGUAUCUGAACUUAAAGACCAUAUUGAGGACUUCUGCAAGGGGGGAUUAGUCAACAUAACCACAACAGUGAAUGAAGUUACAAUUUACAGUAUGCAGGCUCCAGGACCAAGGAACAGAGCUGAGUUUUUAAAAUAUUCCUGUCAGCUCACACUGGACCCCAACACAGCGAAUAGAACGCUCUGUCUGUCUGAAGGGAACAGAAAGGUCACACGCAGGAGAGAGACCCGGCCAUAUCCUAACCACCCAGAGAGAUUUGACAGCCGGGCCCAUGUGCUUUGCAGAGAGGGUUUGUCUGGAACUCGCUGUUACUGGGAGAUUGAGUGGAGUGGGGUGGCUUUAAUAGGUGUUACAUAUAAAGGAAUCAGCAGGAAAGGAGAGGAUGCUUCCUGUGGUCUUGGAUUCAAUGACAAGUCCUGGAGUUUGUACUGCACUGAUUUCAGUUACUCUGCCCUACACAAUUACAAUGGUAUUGAAAUAUCUGCCCCCUACUCCCCCAGAAUAGGAGUGUAUCUGGACUUCAAUGCUGGCACUCUGUCAUUUUAUGGCGUCUCUGACACAAUGACCCUCCUUUACAGAUUCCAAACCACAUUCACUGAGCCGCUCUAUCCUGGGCUCGGGCUUUAUUGUUCUGAUUCCCCUGUAACAAUCUGCCAGCUGAACUAGACUGUUUUUUGUUUUAAGAAAACAUCUGUAUAGAACUCCCUGUCUGUCCUCUCCACUCCUCAGGUGAAAGGAAUGUUCAAUCUCACAUAACUUUGUAUGAACGUUAGGGGGUAAAAUGGCACCACCUGCAGAGCGAAACAAGGUGAAUUAUUUGUUUUUACACUUGGGGCUGAAGCAGCCUAAUUUGUACUGUUUAAUUUAUGUCAGGUUAGUGUUUUUGCAAUUGUAAACACUCACAACUGAACAGGUGUUUCAGCAUUAAAAAGUUCAAUAUGUCGUUUUUAUUGAUUGCAAAUACUUAAAUAGCACAAGUGUCUGGUUGUGUCUAGGUUCUGUUCACCACUAGAUGUCACUGUUUCCUUUGUUUUCUUCGGAGGUGAAUAAACUUGAACUGUUAUUAUAUCAUGUUUUAAAUAUAUAUAUUGAUAACUUGACUGUACUACAAAUGUGUUAUUCUUCAAUUCUGUUUUCUAGUUAUGUUUUGUUACAUGAAAUACAAAUAAUAAAAUUAAUAAAUAACUAAAAUCAUUCAGGAGAGUUUUGUACACUAUGUUUGGUCCUGUGACAGUAUUAUCCAAAAGGUUUAAUAAAUAAUACUGUACUUUCUCUUUAUUAGCUUGUUUUUCUCUACUUCUCUGUCUCAGAUGAAAUCUGGAUUCCAAGGAUGUGUGUGUGAGAGUGCAUAUAUGUGUGUUUG